GCAGCAGCGGCGGCGAAUCCAACUCUCCCCCCCCACCGACCACCGCUACCUCCACCUCCACCUCCACCUCCACCUCCACCCCCCUGCCACCCGAUCCACCCCGAGCCCGGCCUUCGAAGCCAUGGGAGUGCCGGCGUUUUUCCGCUGGCUGAGCCGCAAGUACCCGUCCAUCGUGGUGCACUGCGUGGAGGAGAAGGCUAAGGAAGUCAAUGGAGUCAAAGUUCCAGUGGACUGCAGUAAACCUAAUCCAAAUGACGUGGAGUUUGAUAAUCUGUACUUGGACAUGAAUGGCAUUAUUCACCCUUGCACCCAUCCUGAAAACAAGCCAGCUCCCAAGAACGAAGAUGAAAUGAUGGUGGCCAUAUUUGAAUAUAUUGAUCGAUUGUUCAACAUUAUUAGACCAAGGCGCCUACUUUACAUGGCAAUAGAUGGAGUUGCUCCACGCGCCAAAAUGAACCAGCAGCGAUCUAGACGUUUCCGAGCAUCGAAAGAAGGAAUGGAGCUUGUGGAGGAGAAGAAAAAAGUGAGAGAAGAAGUGCUUUCUAAAGGUGGACAUCUUCCUUCAGAUGAAGCUAAAGAACGGUUUGACAGCAACUGCAUUACUCCUGGAACAGAAUUCAUGGAUAACUUGGCACAAUGCCUACGAUACUAUGUGGCCGAUCGCCUAAAUAGCGAUCCUGGAUGGAAAGACUUAACAGUGCUUUUGUCAGAUGCAAGUGUUCCUGGUGAGGGUGAACACAAGAUCAUGGAUUACAUAAGAAGACAACGAGCUCAGCCAAACCACGAUCCAAACACUCGGCAUUGCUUGUGUGGAGCUGAUGCUGAUCUUAUCAUGUUGGGAUUGGCAACUCAUGAAGUGAGCUUCACCAUAAUCAGAGAAGAGUUCAAGCCAAACCAGCCAAGACCAUGUCCUCUUUGUGCCCAGGUCGGUCAUGAACUCAGCGAGUGCCAAGGUUUGCCAAAAGAGAAGCAAGGAGAGUUUGACCAGUUUGCUGCUCCGAGUGGUUCAGAUACCGAGUUCAUAUUUAUCCGAUUACCUGUUCUGCGUGAGUACCUGGAAAAAGAAUUGACGAUGGCAAGUCUGCCCUUCACAUUCGAUUUUGAGAGGAGCAUUGAUGACUGGGUUUUCAUGUGUUUCUUUGUGGGAAAUGAUUUCCUGCCUCAUCUGCCUUCGCUGGAAAUUAGGGAAGGUGCAAUUGAUCGACUAGUGGGGAUUUACAAGAAUGUAGUACACAAGACUGGAGGAUAUCUCACAGAGAAUGGUUUUGUCAACUUGGAACGCGUUCAGAUGAUUAUGACUGCAGUUGGAGAAGCUGAGGAUAAUAUCUUUAAGAGGAGAAGAGAGGAUGAUGUGUCAUUUCGAAGAAGGAUGAAGGAAAAAAACAAGAGGAUGAAAACCGAUGCACCAUCCUUUAUUCCAGGUGGACAGCUUGCUCCACAACCUUUGGGCCAGCGAAGUGGCGGAAGUAAACCUCAGGCCGUUCAGAACCCGAGACAGACGGCCUAUGACAUGAGAGUACAGAAUAGGACUCCAUCGCAAAACAGCAGUUCAAAUUCGGAUGGGAGCCCAGUUCCACUGGGAAUGAAGAGGAAGAAUGGCGAUAAUGAGGACGAUGAUGAUGAACCACCAGAUAAUAUCAGGUUGUGGGAAGAUGGUUGGAAGCAACGUUACUAUAAAAGAAAGUUUGAUGUUGAUGCUACUGAUGAAUCAUUCCGCAGAAAAGUUGUAGAAUCGUAUGUUGAAGGUUUGUGUUGGGUUCUUCAAUAUUAUUAUCAGGGGUGUGCUUCCUGGAAAUGGUUCUACCCGUUCCACUAUGCGCCAUUUGCUUCAGACUUCACAGACAUUAAGGAUUUGCCUUCCACGUUUGAAAAAGGAACACUGCCGUUCAAACCGCUGGAACAAUUGAUGGGAGUAUUUCCUGCUGCAAGUGGUAACUUCCUCCCAAAGACCUGGCGGGUCCUGAUGGAAGAUCCAGACUCUUCAAUCAUUGACUUCUAUCCUGAUGACUUUGCACUUGAUUUAAAUGGAAAGAAAUAUGCUUGGCAAGGUGUUGCACUUCUACCAUUUGUUGAUGAAAGGCGGCUUAGAGCAGCUCUAGAAAAAGUUUACCCUGAUCUCGCCGCCGAUGAAACUCGACGUAAUAGCCUUGGGAGCGAUGUGAUAUUUGUUGGAAAGCACCACAAAGUAUUUGACUUUAUUGCUGAGUUGCAAAAUGGUGAUGCUGAGGGUGUAGAGAUGCCUCCUGAACUUUGCCAUGGCAUAAAAGGUCUUCUAACAUUGGCUAGUGAUGUAAUAAAGCCAGGAAAGCCGGUUGCUUCUCCCAUUCCAGCAUUGAACGACAUUGUUGAGAAUAAUGCAUGCAGUAUACUAUUCAAGGAUCCUCAGUUUGAUGAUGACUAUAUAUUCAAAGCUACUUUAAUACCAACAGCAGUAAAGCCUCCAAAAACGCUAAAACCAGGUGAUUGGGAGCAGGCUAAUUCAAAACAGCCUUGGAGGCCUAGACUUGGCUUUAAUCCAAAUCGGCAACAGGUCCACCUGGAUCAGUCAGCAUUCAGAACAUUGGGCCAUGUUAUGUCAAAAGAGCGCACACAGGGUGUUUACAGUUACACUCCUCCGCCUAGUUAUCAACAAGCGAAAAAUUCUCGUCCCCCACUGAUGAGAGCACCACCAUCUCUUACUGUCCCACUGCCAAUUCUAUCACUUGCAGGUUUGAGACCACAAGACUCAUGGCGAGGUCCACAACCACUCUUUCAGCAGCUUAUUCCUCAGCGAAACCAGGGGGUUGAGCAGCAGUUGGCAUGGAAUCGGAUCAUUCAGUCUCAAGGUGGUUUGUUCCAGCAGAAUACCCUCAGACUUGGAUCAGGAGUGCCAGGUUAUUUUCAGCAGAGGCAAGAUGAUCGUAGAGGGCGCCAGGGAUUUUCUGGGAGACCUUACCCAUUGCCACCAGAUUCUGGAAGAUUCAACUGGAAUUAAAAGCUCCAUCAGCUCUGCAAUAGAAGCUGAGCCUUACAGGGCCCAUUUAAUUAAUCGGCGAGCGCAAAGCUGAAAUUUAACCGAUGUACCUGUAAAGAGUCCUGACUUGAUUUUUAAUGUGAAACUAUAAUACUUGUUUCUAUGUAUUUUUGUGCUUCAGUUUUCACUUGCUACAAUAUGGAUUCUGCCGUUUACUCUUUUUUUUUGGAAACACUCGGAGAGUGUGAUAAAUAGAUUGCAGAACAGAUACAGGCAAGCCUUAUUGUUGACAUUGUAAUAGUUUUUAGUAUCUACCAAAAUUGGAAAACUAAAUUGAGCUUUUAUUUGUGUACAUCAGGAGUGGUCUUUAAUAAAAUGUUUUGCCAAUUUUGGUUUA